CUCGAAGUCAGUCGUGCAACUCUACCGCUCCUCAGCAAUAUAUAUAUCGAAACUGUCUAUAUUUACUGUCGUGUAAUAAUGCUCAACGAUCUCGUGUACGAUUGGCAGCUGAUCAAGUUGUUCAGAAUGUCACGUCAACUCCUCUCAGAAGUAGUGAAAACACCCGUGGCUUCACAUAUCAUGAUGAUCUUGGUGUCAGUCCGUUCCAGGCGAGCCCUGUAACUGGUACUGCCCACAGUUUCUAUAAUCAAGGAGCAACCCCUUAAUUUACAAACAUGGCAUCAUACUUCGAUAGACCUUCCAGAUCUGAGUCUGAAAGUCCGUUCCAUGCAAUGGAAAGUAUUCACAACUCAGAAAAUGUUUUACAAGAUUGCCAGGAAGUGAUGUCAGGACUAAAUUCAUUACAUGAAGUGAUGGAUAAACAAGUGAAAGUUGGUGAGGAUUUUCGUUCAGAAGUGAGGGAACAGAUGAAAGAGAUUUGUGGUAGAAUGAAAAAUAUAGAGGAGCAAAAUGCUAGUAAUGCUACAAGAGUACCUGAGACUUCUAGUAAAAAGAAGGAAACACCAACAGAGUUAUCAAUUACAACAAGAAACCUUAUAGCAAGAUCAGGUGAAGACCUGCUGUUCAAAGUACCAGACGGAUGGAACACAGAGCAUAAUUUAGAAGUGAGAGAUAAACUAUUCAAGGAGCUAUCAUUGAAAUUUGGCGACAGAUACACAAACGCAGAAAAUAGGGGUACGUAUUUCAACUACUACUAUUGUACUAAGGCCAAACACAAAAGUACUAGUAUUGUGAUACAUAAUAAAGUUCGAGAACUUGACUUAAGCGAAUGUGACAUCACAGAUGACGGACUUCGAAUUCUUGCUUUAUGUAAACAGUUGAGAAAAAUUGAUUUGAAUGCUGCCAAGGAAGAUAGGACUACCAUCACAUCAGUUGGAGUACAAUACCUGGCUAUGUCAUGUCCUAUACUGCACACUGUGUAUCUCAGACGAUGCCGAAAUAUUACAGACGACGCUAUCAUCACGAUAUCACAACACUGUCGUCAACUCAUGCAGCUGAACAUUGGCGGAUGCCAGCAGUUGACAGACACUUCGUUGAUGGCUUUGGGUCAAAACUGCCGAAUGCUGAAAUGUGUUAAUUUCAACCAAACAAGGGUGAUACAUAGUAAAGUUCGAGAACUUGACUUAAGCGAAUGUGACAUCACAGAUGACGGACUUCGAAUUCUUGCUUUAUGUAAACAGUUGAGAAAAAUUGAUUUGAAUGCUGCCAAGGAAGAUAGAACUACCAUCACAUCAGUUGGUAAGAAUUACUGGUGA